UUCCUCAUUCUAAAACUCGAGCGCUGAUUCGAAGAGAAGCCGGUGAGCAAUGGCGCCGCACGAUCUCCGCCGGCCGUUCAAACGCGCCGCCAUCUCCGAUCAGCAGCGCCGGCGUGAGCUGGCUCUUCAGCGUCAGGCCGAGCAGCGCGCUAAUUCCCAAGCUCGUGCUCGUGCCCUUGCCUCAUCCCUCCUCUCCUUCCCAUCGUCACCCCAAUCGGAACCUGAGUUCGAUCUGGAGACGGAGCAAGAGACCGAGGAGCCUACGACGGUGGUCUCUAGCGUGCUGGAGGCAUCCAAGCUCAAAGGCAGCGAGGCGCGGAGGUGGUUUGCAAGGCAGCUUAUGCUUCCCGAGUGGAUGAUCGACGUUCCGCCCCAUCUUGAUAACGACUGGUAUGUGUUUCCGAGGCCUGCUGGAAAGCGCUGCUUUGUGGUAUCUUCUAAUGGAACCACUGUGAGUAGGCUCCGGAAUGGCUCUGUCCUGCAUUAUUUUCCUUCAGCUUUACCAAAUGGUGCUCGGAAUAAAGAUGUUUCUGGCCCAGCAAGUGCAUAUUGCAUUCUGGAUUGUAUAUUUCAUGAGUCUGAUCAAACCUACUACGUCAUUGAUAUGGUCUGUUGGCGAGGAUAUUCAUUGUAUGACUGCACUGCAGAAUUUAGAUUUUUUUGGUUGAACUCCAAGCUUGUGGAAACUGGUGCUUGUAAUCCACCAUCAACAUACCACAGGUAUAGAUUCAGUGUUGUCUCUAUUUAUGAUUGCAACCAGAUGGGCUUACAUGCAGCAUAUGCGGGCUCCAUGCCAUUUAGCAGAGAUGGGCUAUUGUUUUACAACAAGCAUGCACAUUAUCAAACUGGCAACACCCCUUUGGCCCUGGUGUGGAAGGACGAACACUGUAGCCAGUAUUUUCUUGAUACAGAUAGCAAAGGAGAAGUUCCAGCUCUGCAGCAGGUAGUCCUUGAGUUGCAAGAUGAUGGAAAGUUGGUUACCUCUGAUGAUCCUCCUGUAGUAUUUGGGUCGCUAGACGGGGAAUUUGUUCAAAAGUCAGGUUUAAGAUCAGGAAACUUGCUCCGCUUUGCUAUUAAGGAUGAAGGGGCGAGAAUUGUAGAUGGAAAAUUGGAGUUGUGUGACACUCAAUACGUCGGCAAGUCUAAUCGUGCACGUGCUUUUGCAGAUAGUUACUCUAAGGUGUUUUUCCAGUAUGCAGCUCGUCACUCUCCUCUUCGGAUGGGUGACCUACUGGCAUCCAUCCAGCCGCAUAUAUCCCAGGACGAGAAGACUUUAGAUGUUGAAAUGGCUGGUUGAUGUUUCACAUAAAUGGCAGCCGUCAAGACAAAUGGAAAGGCAGAAGGAAAGAUCCAUCAAGAUUCCAACACUAGCUCUAUGCUAUUUGUAUUUAUUGAUAUAUAGAGAAAACUCACACAUCUUCAGUUAGCUUGGCUACGCGCUCUCCGUAUAUUGUGUGCUAGGUGCAUGGUGCAUUGUUCAGUGACUAUCUUUUCAAUCCAAAUGGUUUUGGACUGGUUGGUUUGGUGAUCCUCAGAAAGGUGCCAAUCAUAUGGAGUUAGAGUUGUUCAUUUCUACUUUUCUGGAAUGUUUAAUUUCUAUAUUAGUGAUCAAAACAGAACUAGCAUCCUUUUUUUCUAAUGUUUUAGUGCAUGUGAUCACCUGAGUACAAUGCUGUAUUGUGAUGUCUGUUGUAUUGAAGGUCCACAGGAGUUCUGUAAAGGAGUCUAGAAAAUCUUGGAAAUGGAUCAAAUUUUCAUAA